AAUUCCGAAACAACGACAAUAGUUUGUUGCUUAAGUUUCGCCGUUUCGGUCGUGUCCUGGUUACUGAUUUUUGUAACCGCGGCGGCUGACAGAAAAAAUAUCGAACUAGAAGAAGCGGAUUAAUUAAUCUCAAAUACUUUGAAAAAGUAAUUUGGAGUAGUUAUACUCAAACGGACGCACAUACAUAUUUAUAAGUUUAAUCUAUGUGAGCUGUUGGGGCGUUAAGUAGACGCGCGUGUGUGUGCGUCAUUCUAUACGCUCAGAUGUGUUUUUAUCGAAGGUUGUCGCAGUUUUCAAAUUAUUGCUUUAGGCUGUGAAGAAUAGCUACAUAUAUACCAAAAGCAAGUGUUUCACUAAUUUAACAAAAACAAAAAAUAAUAAAACAAUAGCAAAGUUACGAGAAAGUAUCUUAGGACAUUUUCACAGUGAAAAAUAAAAUAAAAAUUGUGAAAGAAUGGUGAAUCUCAGUCAUCAUUUUACCGCGAAGCAAGUAGAUUAAAAGGAAAAAAUUAACAGCGCAAAACAAACAAAGUAAAUGUACUUAAAAAGACAAAUACAAAUAAAGCAUUUGCAGUAGCAUGGAUUAGCCUCAUCGAGGGUGUUUCAUAAGCAUGCAAGCAAUGGAAAUGAAUGCUUGAAGAUGUGCAAACAAACGGAUCAACCGCAGAGUGAGCAACAACAAACGCUGGCAGCAGAAAUUUAAACGGACUACAGCGGGGUGCGAAAAUCUCACGCGGAAAUAAAUGGCGUGCGCGCACAUAUUUGUCUAUGUAAAGAGUACAAGUACAAUGCUGAGAGAUUAGAUGUUCAUUGUGCAACUUUUUGACUGAUAUUCUUGCCACAACAAGAGACUGGGGAUGAAAAACCUAAAUAAAAAGGAUUUAAUAUCUAAAUAUGCAGAAACAAGAAAAGAGACGCGAACUGCGUCUGAAGAGAUUUUGGCGUUCACCAAAAACAACAUCAUCCGAAGAUUCAACCGGCUAUGAGAGCCCCACACGUACCAAGCCCGCAAGUGACACACAACGUUUCAACCAUUUGCACUACACGAGCUUAGCACAGAGUGCACCGCGAGGACCCGAAAAUGGCACGGCCUACAACAAGCCGACAUGUUCGCUGCCACUGCUGCAAGUGUGGCCCAGUCAGCCACAUUUACGACAGGAGGGCUUCGUGCAGUUGCGACGAAACAGCGGCCCUGAGGGCCAACGGGAUUCGCCACGUGGCGAGGCGGAUGGACAAUCCUUCAUCUUCCCUGUCAUUGCCGAGACAAGUACGAGUAGCAGUAGCGGCGCUGGCAGCAGCAGUACGACUGGCGAUAGUGCUGCUGCUAGCAGUUCGACCACCACUACCACCACCACCAGCGGCACCUCCGGCAUCAGCAACAACAAUCACAGCAAUAGCAAUAACUUAAAUAAUGGCAAUCAUUUAACGCUUAGCAACUCCUGCUUAGGCGAACGGCGUCGCAGCUCGCUUUACUGUGAUACUUUGCAUGCGGGCGACUCAGGCAUUGAUUCGGUGCAGGCGUCGCCUUCACCAAACGCACUGCCACCACCACCCGGUGCAUCACUACUCGGUGGUGGCCAGGGUAUGGGCAGCAACUCCUGCAAUGUCUCACCCGCUACAACGCCCACACAGGGUUCACCGAAUCUCUCGCUUGGUGGUGCACGCGCUAGCAUCAGUGUCGGCGCAGCAAAUUAUCGACGCAAAUCCAGUGCGCUACUACAUCCCGAUCAUGCUCGCUUGUUUGCGUUGCGCAUGAAGCAUGCUGCCGCCUUAGAACGCGCACAAACGUCACCGGAUCAAACAUCCAUCGAAGAUGCAACCGAAUUCCAUGAUAAUGGUUUGGCAACGAAUUUGCGCUUGUGCUCUGCGUCUUCGUCGACGACGUCGUCGCUGACUUCCGUCGCAGCGGUUAGCUUAGGCGGUGGCAUGGGAGUGAUCGGUGCAGCCGGCUCCUCCUCAUCCUCCGCUGCGGCUGUGGCAGCAUGUCUAGCUGCCGGCGCUGGUGCGGGUCCACAGCAGCGCGUCUCCGACCCAUGGCUGCAGCCGCAAUCGGAUCGAGAACGUGAUUCGCGCUACGAACGACGUCGUUCCUCAACGAUGACGGCACGUUACUCACUGUUCGAUGCAUUGGAUUUGGAAUAUGUGCUGUUGCGUGCUGCGGCACGCGGUUCGGUCGGCCCGUACUCACUAAGCGAAUCUAUACACAAACUGACAUUUACACAAUCGUUGGCGUUUCCGGCACUGGCACGCGGUCUCGCCACAAAGCGUCGGCGUUCGCAUACGCGUACCAGUUCGCGACCGCUAAACCCCAAUGAGUCGGGUCUUAAUACGUGUGCGAAAGUCGUUACCGCCGUCAUAUUGGUGGGUAUUUCGUUUAUGGUGUUUCUGAUUGUGUAUAAAUUUGUGCGGACGUGAGGUUUACUCCUGGCCCCGACAGAUUUUCCCGUUACAUAUCAGCAAGCGAACGUGAAUGCAAAUGUAUACACGUUCGCAACGGGAAAUGUUAGUGCCAGCAAAACACUGUCGGGGUUCAGGAGAGUAUUGGGUCUGAAAGAUCGAGAUUAAGUGCACAACUGUAACGGAGAGGCGAAAGUCGAGGGUACUAUUUUAUGCGUCUUAUACAAACAUGCAUACUUAUUAAUAAAAGUUGUGAUAAAAAGUAUGUAAUAAAGUCUAAAACCUGCACAAAAUGGCUGCAAUACUUUGUAAUGCUGGAAUCACGCCAUUUUGUGUAACAAAUGGAGCUGACUGUAAAAAGUGUUUCAAUUAAAAAAGUUUUGUAAUUCAAAAACUUACACAAAAUGCCUUUUUAAAAUAGUAUUUGCUACUUUUUAAUACUCAUACAUUUUCAAUACCUACUAUAUAUGCUUAUGUUUCUAUAUAUGCAUAAAAACUUAUGCAUUUGCCUAAAUAACUAUUUAAUAGUCAAAUUCUAUAUUAGAUUUCUUAAUUGCGCUGCUUAAUUAUAGUUCACAAAUAUUGAUUAUCUCUUUUUCUUUUCACAAGUUUUAGAUCAUGGGUUAUGUAUAGUCGAAAAUAAUUUUGAAUGCGUUCCAAUGGUGGAAUCAAACCUUUUAGCCAGUACGAAAUUAGUAAUACAAAGAAAAGUUAAGGAAGGUGCUGAAAAAUUAAUUAAAUAUUCUAAAAGAUAAGAUUAUGAUACCUGAAUGCGAACAAUUUCAGGGGUCUAGCACUAAAAUUCUUUCAGUUAUUUUUGAAGCAAGUAUCUGGCAAUUAAGUGUUCCUCAGGUUUAGUACGUAAUGUCUCUCGCAUGGACUCAAGAGCCAUAACCUUAAAAAACAAUUUUUACUUUUAACAAAAAAGGAUCUGCCAAAUGAGAAAAAUGAAAGGAUUACCCGUUUUAGUAUAUUCAUUAAAAUAUUACUGUAACGAAAAAUCCAUACCAUAUACAUAGGUAUUUCGUAAAACACUGAAAGCUUGUUUUUGUACCAGGUUGCUGAUCGCCAUAUUUCCCACAAAAAAUCUCUCUUGGUGGUGCCAGAAACUCAAAAAAAUGGAUCCAAAGAUGGAUCAAAGAUCGAGAAAGCUUCAUUUGCUUAUCACAAGAUUGUUGAGGCGGCAAUAACAUUUCCAAACAGUUUGAAGUUUCAACCGCUAUACAAUAAAAGCUGGACAGUGGAGAAGAAUGCGGCUCCAAUAUGGAUCCAGGCGCUAGGCAUCAAAGCAUAUGUCAGACAAAUAAGUACAGUGCAUACGCUGUCGGCACUAAGAGUUAUCAUUGCUUUCCCAACAAUAUCAAGUGAUGCAGCUGAAGUAAUAAUAAUAUGAUGCCCACUGACAUCCAGGGUGACGAAUGCGAGCGAGUAUACUCGAGUAUGCUGUGUAUAGGAUCGAAAAGCAGUGGCAAACCUCACUCAAAGGACGGUGGACCUACGAACUGAUACCGCACAUUCAUUCAUGGAUCGACAGAUGACAUGGCAUCGAGCACGACAUCACUCCGAAUUGUACGCCGUGUUCACAGUGCUCUGAGCAUGUAUUCUUUUAUUGCCCGCGCUUUUUAAGUACAAGAAAAAAACUUAAAACUACACUCGGUGUUAUUUUUGGUACGGAAAAGGACACUCAUGUGUCAGUCCACUGAGAACUGGAGAGCAGUCAGCGAAGCGGCACCCUCAAUCAUAACAAAACUGAGGCAUACAAAGCAGAGUAGGCGUCCGUCAGUCUGUGCCAUAGAGGAAAGGAUUAAAUGUCUUAUCACUCUCACAAAGUAAUACUUAAUCAGAGGGUUCUGUGGGAGAGUUUGGAGUUGAGAGUAGGUUAGAUUAGUGGAGAAGAACUUUUAGUUCUGGUAAUUCGAGGAACUGCCUACACUCUACUCUGGGUCAGAAAGAUCGCACAGCCAGAUAUGUAUUGCAUUUGACAAGAGGUGCAUAAAUCUACUGCAGCAACGCUGAGGACAACAAUAUACCAUACCGCUAUAAUUUUCUUUUAAUUUAUAUUUAAUUUAAUCUUAAUUUUUGUUAGCGAGUGCUUUCUCAUUUAAAUAUUAUUUGCUCUUUCCAACUAAUAUUUCAACUCUAAAAGUGCCUAUUUAUCCAACAAUCUUUACUCAAGCUUCGAAUUUAUUCAGAGGUAAUUAUAAAGAUACAAUACUUGUAUUUAUACCAUAAAUUUUCUACCAAACAAAAUUUAUAAAAUAAAUGGAUGAACUAAAUAAAUAUCAGUAGGGUGUGAGUUCUCAAGUAAAAAUUUUAAGAAUGAAAUUUCUAGACGAAUUCUCUGUAAUUAAUGAAAAGUUUUGAUAAAGCCAUAAUUUUUUAUAAAUCCGUAAUAACGUGGGAUUUACACCGAAUUAUAUGCUUUGUCGUAAUUAUACAUACCAUGUUCAAACUGGGUUGUUUGGAAAUUUUUUCUCAAUUAUUCCAUGACAAUUAAGAUAUUAACUUUCCCAUUUUUAUGGUCUUCAAUUAGUGUUAGACAAUUCUAUGGACUUAAAUUUGGAUGGAUUUUAAAUUUUAUCUCUGAAAACUAAGUAACAACUUUUUUUUGAAAUCUUUAUACAUAUAAUUAAAUUUUUUGCUCAUAUUUUUGUGGUAAUUCAUGGUCCAAUUAAAAACACUAUACCUGAAAUAAUUUACAUCUUUACAACUUUUUCUUCUUUUCUAAGAAUUUAUUGUUAACUAAACACUAAUUGGGUAAUUAGUUGAUUGCUUAGUGUAUGCUUAAUUGAGAACAAUUAUGAGAUAAAUUUUUGAAAUUAUCUUAAUUACCCAAUUAAGCUGCUUCUGGUUGGACAUGGUACUAGUUUUACCCACAAUUUUUCUUUCUAAAUAAUACAAUAGUUUCUUAAAUACUUAAGUCAAAAAAUGUUUUCAAUUCAAUUAAAUUUAUAGUUGAAGAAAAGGAAUUAUAGAAGAUGUAUAAUUAAAAGCCAAACCAAUAAAACUUUCUAAUGUGACCAUUAUAAUAAAUCAAUUAGUGAGCAGAAAAUGCUGAAAUCACUGUAAAACAACAAAAGCUGUGGAGAAGACAAGAAACUGUUUAAGUGAUGGGAGAUACGUAAAUAUAUAUUCAAGUAGUCAACUAGGAAUGUAUGUGGUUAAGUGCAGGGUCGUAUUUUAUAGUCCUUAACUAUCUGUGUGCGAAAAGUUGCUAAUUGUCAAUCAAAUAAUAUGAUGAUAAAAUUCAUAAUUCAAUUAGAUAGUUCUAAAAACGCUGGCUGAAAUUCUAAAGUAUUCUUCUAAAUAAAUGCCUUUACUUGAUCACAAAACAGAAGCAAAAACAAAAACACAUUUCGGCUUUGCUACCAACACAAACCUACAUACUAAAAACUGAACUACACAAAUUUAUAGCCACAAUUAAAACAUUUAAUUAAGUAAAAUAGAGACCAUGCAAUUUUAUUAUGAGAAAUUAUAUGUAUGUAUAUAUUGUGGAUUUUGUUGCAUCGAAAAAUAUAUUUAUAACAUGCUGCUAAUUCCAAAAAAUUUUAGGGAUAUACUGCGUACAGCGUAGCGAACAAAUAUCAUUCUAAUUUGAAUCUCGUUCUAAUUUUAAUUUUAAUUUAAUAUUCCUUCUUAAAUUACGAGAAUUACAGUUACCUUUUACGGCUUUUGUUAGUAGUCAAAUAUCUUCAGCAGUAAUGCGUCGAAUGUCAUCGGCAAAGGUGUCAAUCCUACAAAAAUACGUCCAGCGGUAUUAAAUUGUAUGACCUUGGAGGUCACCACAGACUCAUGAGGCAAGAUAAUGAGUAAAACUCCUUCAAUCAGUUGACUGUUUCGGAUGGAUGUAUGACAUUUAAGGCCAAAGAUCGUCCACAUCAACAAUUUUCCAAUUCAAGUAGUUCAAUUUCAAGUACGAAAGAGUCACUAAUCAUGGCUCUUUAGUGUUCCACAUUAGCUUUAUCAUAUUUGAUGGCUUAAUUUUUGAAGAAAUAUGGAUCUAUGAUUUCCUCUACCCAUAAAGUACGCCAUGUGGCACUCCUAUAUCAACGAUUUUGUUUAUCAAUGUUCAUUAAAAUUUUUCUGUCAAAAACGGGAUUUGUCGCCAUCUCGUUUUGAACCCAUUCAGCGAACGUUCUGAUUUAUUUCUGACUCUAAAUAAAUAGGUAUUUCUUCUUAAAAUCAACCAUAAUUGUCUCUAAGUGCACAGGAUAGUGUAAAUUAGAUUUUUAAUUUUCCAAUAUUAAUAAAUAAAAUGGUUAAGUAACAUCAAUAAAUUAAGCAAGACAAUCAAUAUCCUCCUGAUACCAGAUGACGUCUUGAUAAAGUUUUGAACCACCUACCGAGUCGAUGAAGGUGUAAUUUGUUUCCCUAAUAUAAUAUUGAAGCUUAAUUUCUAAGUAUUUAAUUGUCUCUACGCACUAAUAGUCGGCGUAUCGAUAGUACUUAAGUCCGCAGAACAUGCAAAUAUACUAUGAGCAAAAAAUAGUAAGACUGUUCACAAUUUUAAAAUUCUUAAUUUAUUCUCCAAAAGUCUUCAAUUGACGCAAAACGGUUUCACCGAAGCGGUCGUUUGAGUUUGCUGAAUAGCCGAAAGCCACACGCAGCUAAAUCAGGUUAUAACGUUGGUUGCGGCGCGAUAUUGGUAGAAAAAUUGGCGAAAAACAAACGAAGAAUCAAUGCAGGCUGCGACUGUGCAAAAACCAAGAGAUUUCGGUCCAUAUCCGGCCUCUUUUUUAUGAAAAGCGUGGCACAAACGACGCAUAACACCCUGUAGUAGUAUUCCUUAUUGGCCGGUCGGAAGAAUUCGGUGUGUACAACACUUCGAUAAUCGAUUGAUUUUUGGCCUGCGCUAACGUGGUGUUUUCGACUUCGGAAUACAUUGUUGCACAGAUGUUAUGAACGUUUCGGGUAUGAGAAAUUUGAUUCCGCACACAAAAUUUAAUGGAACUUCUUCAUUGAAUAAUUUCACUCAUGGUAAAAAUACAUAGAUGAAUGCACUUUAUGUACUUCAGGAAAAUUUUGUUUUGAUGUUACAUUUGGCACAUAUGUUACCGAUAAUCAUACCAACCUAGAAAAUAAAUAUUUCAACGAAUGGGGUUUCGCGCGAAAUUUAAUUUAAAAUGUCUUACUGUUUUUUGCUCACAGUGAUAUUUGAAUCGUAUUGUGCGGUAGAAAAUGUCGAUGUUUCUCAAUAGUAGGGGAGCCCAAGAGGGGAUUUUUGCAGUUACUUAAGCGUGUCAGAAAACUUUAUGGGGAGAAACAUUGGACUUUUGUAUGUACCCCUACCACAUAAAUUAAAUACAUGAAGACGAGUGUAUAUUUCAAUAUUCUGACAGUUUGAGGGUGACUUAGAGAAAUAGCAGGGUGACAAAUUUGUAAAAAAAAACGUCACCUUGAAAUACUCAAGCGCGAUAGAUUUUUUUUUCAUUUUAAAGAUAAUUCUGUCAGAAUCACGAAAAUCAUAUAAUCUGACAGUUUCCGUGGGGCGAUGCAGGUAAAAUCGUCGAAAAAGGUCAAGUGUACUGAUCACCAUAGCGUGGUUGUUGUUAGUAGUCGCUUGACAAUUUUGUUUGUUUCUCACUCUCUCGUACAAAGUAACUGAUACGUCUCAACCCUUCUCAUUAAAUGUGCGUAACUACGAUGCUUGUAACUUACCACCCUGCCGAUCAGAGCUACAACAACAUAUACUGCGAACGAAAUAUAUUGCGUGUUUGUGGAGAAACGCUCACAAUCGUAUUCUUACGGAGUUGUCGCCUACAGAUUACGGAUGGAAAAACGUGGAUGGAAAGUUGGAGCCGACUUGGUGUGUUGGAAACCAACUUCCUGAAGCGUACGAGGACAUCGUCAUAACACCUAAAAUUUUAGGAGAUACUUCUGAUGCUGGUAAAUCUUUUUUUGAAGACUAUACUGUCAUAAAAGAAGUAAAAAAUUGUGAAGUUUCAAUUUUUUUUUAGUUACAGAAAUACAAAAUGGCGAGAAAGUUCAAAAAGUGGAAUCAACUUCGACCAUGACUCGAAUGACGAAAAUUGACAUGUUUUUUUUUAAUUUUAUUUUUUUCUAUUUUCAUAAUAAUAAAUUAUUAAAUUUUCUAUACAUAUACAUAUGUAUAUGUAUCCACUGUUUUCAUUACAUUCUGUAACAAAAACAAGAACCAAACAGAAUUCUUCCACUUUUAAAUCGUCAGAUUAACGAUAUGCCUCUAUAUAAUUGUCAGAUUAUCUUUUGGGAAGACUCUGACAUCAAGUUCAUCCCCCUGCAUAAAAAUCUGACGCGCUCGAGUAUCUCAAGGUCACCUUUUUUUUUGCAAGUUUUAAAAUCAAUAAAUGAAUUUUGGCCACGUCGAAAUUGUCAGAAAUUUAAAUGGCACACUUUUUAGAGGUUCAUUAACAUUCGCUUUGAAAAUCUGACACGCUCGAAUAACUUUUUUUUUAACCUCUCAUUACGGCCCUCAACCUUGAAUUGAUUGUCAGAUUAAUAUAUAUCGACUAUCAGAAAUACAAUGCACGUAUAUACCAUAAAUGACUGACGCGCUUGAGUAUUUUUAUGUGACUGUUUUUUUUACAUUUUUGAAAAUAAUUACCAGCUCUUCUCCCCACUAAAAUGGAAAACUUCACCUAGACUUUCUUUUUUUUUACGUUAUCUUGACAAUCUAGUAAGUCUUCAUGACGCUCCAGUAACUGCAAAUUUAGCACUCCAGGCUCCCCUACUACAAGUUAUAGGACGCAAUAGGCAAUUUUCAUUUUAUAUUUUAUUGAAAUUAAUUAACCUGAUUUAUAGAGCGGAUUUCUCUCCAGAAAGUUAAAGUAGUAUGACCGAUGCAUUUUCUAUAUAUGUAUUCUAAUCCUUCAUAUAUUAAGGUAACUUUUAUCAGAAUAAAAAAUUACGCAAUUUAAGAUGUCUUCAUUCAAGUUGCAACUAGCAUAUCGGAAUAACAGCUUCUUUUGAACAUUGUUCGCUUCAACUUUAGAAAAAGUUGUGUUACGUUAUUUAUAAUAUUCAAAUUAGGAAGGUAUAUGUAUGCUAACCUGAAAACUAGAUUUUAAUUAAACAUGUGCUGUUAAGUAAAAUAAGAUUAAUAAGAAAUCAUGAAAAUACAAAAAUGAAAUACAAAAUUAUAGUUGUAAUUUUCAAACUAGCUAACUUAACCGUAACUUAAGUACAUAUGGAAUUAGCUACAAGAUUAAAUAUAAUGAAAAUAACUUAUAUAGGAUUUAAGUACAUAAGUAAUGAUUACAAUCAACAUUUAAUACUAUUAACAAAUGACGGAAAAAUAUAUACUUAAUAAAAUAAACUAAUAAAUAUCAUAUUUACAUAAAAGGUACAUAUAUAGAUAUAAUAUACAAGUAUUAAAAUAAAUUAAAAAAGUAGAAUUUUUUGCAUACAGACCAAGCCAGAAAGAUUACACUCAUCUCUCGUUCAGAAAACAUUAGUCUUUACACAAUUUCCUUAAACGACCCUUGAUCUUAGUAUAAUGUGUAUUUAUUUUCAUAAAAUUGUAUAAGUUACCCAAGUCAACAUAAAAUAUCUUAAUAUUUAUCCCAAAAACAUGAAAUAUGCAAGACAAGACCCAACAAAAAUAAUAAAGAAAUAAACACUUGAUAUGAAAAUUUAAACCAAAAUAAGUUUUUUAA